AUGUCUCAAUUUCCCACUAUUUUGAACGCUACUGAAGAAGACAUUCAACUCUUGUUGGCUGCUCAAGUCCAUGUUGGUACCAAGAACGCCAACACCCGUAUGGCUCCUUAUAUCCAUAAGCGUCGUGCUGAUGGUGUCAACUUGAUCAACAUUGGCAAGACCUGGGAAAAGCUCAUCUUGGCUUCUCGUGUUAUUGCAGCUAUUGAGAAUCCUCAAGAUAUUGUUGUUGUCUCUGCUCGUCCUUACGGUCAUCGUGCCGCCUUGAAGUUCGCCAAGUAUAUUGGUGCUGAAGCUAUUGUUGGUCGUUUUACACCCGGUACUUUCACCAAUUACAUUACUCGUUCUUUCCGUGAACCUCGUUUGGUUAUCUGUACUGAUCCUCGUUCUGAUUUCCAAGCCAUCAAGGAAGCUUCUUAUGUCAACAUUCCUGUUAUCUCUCUUGCUGACACUGAUGCUUCUCUCCAAUAUGUCGAUAUUGCUAUCCCUACCAACAACAAGGGUAAGCAUGCUAUUGGUUUGAUUUACUGGCUUUUGGCUCGUGCUGUUCUUCGUCUUCGUGGUUCUUUGGACUACAGCACCUCUUGGGAUGUCAUGGUUGAUAUGUUCUUCUACCGUGACCCUGAGGAGAUUGAAAAGGAGAAUGAAGCUGCUACUGAAGAAGUUGCCCUUGAAUGGGGUGCCACUACUGAGGAAGUUGACUGGACCAUUGAAGCUGAAGGCCCUGCUGGUAUUGCUGCUAGUGCCGCUGAAUGGUCUGCUCAAGCUGAUGUUACUGGCUCAUCUGACUGGGCUGAGGAUGUCUCUCCUGCUGCUCCUUCUUCUUGGAACUAA